ACAAGACAAUUCACCCUUGCUUUGCACCACUUUGCAGAACAAGCCUAGAUGGCGGCACUAUACAGAACAUACAGAAAAGGCUCUGGAUGCUUUUCCCCCGUCACGGCCUGGUCUCUCGGGUACGGGGCUCUACACCAUCACUUUCUGGAGACUGUAAUAGCUGAUUCACACAACAGUGCUCGGUCCGGGAAACACGGUCCUCGUGUAGGCCACAUCCCCCCGACUUGUCUAGCGUUGUUAGCUACCUGGAGGCUGAUAAUGAAUGGGACGCUUCUUCCCAACACGCCCAUCGCUGUGGAUUUCUGGCAGAUCCGAAAAUGCAGUCACAUCCGGCUCUUUUUUCUCUCUCACAUGCAUAGUGACCAUACGAUGGGUUUGUCUUCCACGUGGAAAAAUCCACUCUACUGUUCACCGGUCACAGCCAAGGUCCUUAAACAUAAGUUACAGGUAAAGAGUAAAUGGAUCAAUCCAUUGGAAGUUGGAGUAUGCCACAUGCUGCCUCUGGAUGACUGUGGGAUUGAAACAGUAGCUGUGACUCUAAUAGAUGCCAACCACUGCCCUGGUUCUGUCAUGUUCCUGUUUGAGGGAUAUUUUGGUACUGUUCUGCAUACAGGUGAUUUUCGAUAUGACCCCUGUAUGCUCUCAUGUCCUCCACUGAGAAACCUAAAGGUUGAUGUUCUGUAUUUGGACAACACAAAUUGUGAUCCUGAACAGAGCUUACCCUCUCGACAAGAAGCAACUGAGCAAAUCGAGGAGUUAAUAGAAAAGCACCCGUACCAUAACAUAGUGAUUGGCCUGUACAGUAUAGGAAAAGAAUCUCUGUUGGUGGACUUGGCAAAAACAUUUCAGUCUUGGAUUGUGGUAAGUCCCCAAAGACUGGAACUGCUCACUCUUCUAGAAACUGAAGAUGUUUUUUCAGCAUCUAACGUGGAUGGCAGGAUUCGUGUAGUGGAGCAGUCUGAAGUGAAUUACUGUAACAUGGAGAAAUGGAAUUCUUAUCAUCCAACCAUAGCCAUUCUUCCAACCAGCCGGAAAAUAAAGGUCAGGCACAAAGAUAUCCACGUGGUUCCGUAUUCUGACCACUCUUCGUACGACGAACUUAUCGAAUUUGUUUCUCGAUUAAGACCCUCUUCCAUUAUCCCAGUCGUUAAAAAAAAACAAUGCAUAUCUCAUUUCAUGUCCCAAUUCAAUCGAUACUUGAGUUCCGAGAAAGCAAACCAUCGCAUAAAAAUACCAGAUUCUGUUAAAUCACUAAUGAGAAGUCAGAAUGUAUCCAGUCAAGAUGGCACGCUAAAGCUCAAAGUUUCUAGGACACAAAUUCCUCGAGGAGUUGAGUUUGAGCCCAUUGAAAAUUUACAAUGUAUUGCCGACCUUAAUGGGUCCAGUGACAACUUGGAGACAUUGCACUCAGUAAAGCAGAAGAUUAACUUAAAAGAGGAAAGCAAUGCUGACCAUUGUAACGUGAGUCCACAAUGUAGGAGAGCACCAGUACCACUGACGGAGUCAACUGUUCUUGUGGCUCCCACAGAGGACAAGGCAUUUACAUCUCCAAAUUCUACAAUCUGUGAAAUCUCUCAGAAUGAGUUUGAGAUGCCUUCAGCAAUCUUAUCCCCUAAAGACUCAUCUAUUUUAUGUGAAGAGAUAAGUCAAAUUAUUCAUCUUAAUGUGAAUGCCUCUACAGACCAAACAUAUCAAGCAUUUUCUUACACAAAGAAUGACCGUCUUUCAAUUUUGCCCUGUAAGAGGCGGAAACCACUUGAUUCAAGAAACUUUUAUCACCAAGUAGAAAGAUAUUUGAGAAGCAGCAGAGCAUCCUCAUGCAAGUACACUGCAAUAGCCCCAGGACCAGAUACGAAGUAACUCUAUCAUAAAUUAAUGUGAUGAAGUCCAUUCGGGUCAGGGGAGUCGUGGUUGGCCCACGAAAUGCGGCUGACACCUGGAUCAUGGUCGUAUGCACGAGCGCUUAUUAACAGAUUGCCCACCUUUCACAUUGUAUCGCCCAGCUACCUAACUGCUCCUCUCAACAACUGCGAAGGCUUGGACAGAACAAUGGUGUUCGGAGGCAUUCAGAGUAGAGGAUCGGGAGUCGGUCUCGCCACUGUACCAAAUAAUAGUGUUGGCUGCCAGAACGGAACGGGGAGAUCGAUCGAAAAUGAUCAGUGGACCAGUGGGAAUUGUGACAUGUAAGCCACGUUGAUUUCCAAAAUUGCUCUCAGGUCCUCCUGAAACUAUAACCUUAUGCCCAUACCCUUUUAAACUUCAGAUCACCGGUCAUAGUCUAAACAGAUGAAUUGUCUUUUUAACAGUUUGGAGAAGAUUUUUGCACAUUUUUAUAUUGUUGAAUAUUUUGUAUCUGUGUUGGUCUGUGAAUGUAAAAUCUGUUUUUAUGUAACAGUGGGUUGAGUUGUAACUACAGUAAGGCUCCUUUCACAUCACAGUUUCUCCUUUCCGUUCUCCGGCUCCAUUGAGGAGCAGGACAACUGAAAGGACAGAUUCUGCAGAUAACUGAGACCUAACUGAGCAUAACGGAGCCUAAUGCAGGUGCUGCCACCUCCAGUACCAGCAAAAUGGCUGAGAUUUUAGCAAAUCUAAUCCACGCGCUUCUGAAAAAAUUUGCAAUGUGAAUGGAGUAGAUUGUAAAUCUGCAGCAUGUCAGUUUAUGAGGCAGAUCUCACUCUUUGCAAUAAAGAGAGUGAAAUCUUUGAAUUCAGCAACAAAAUCUGGAAUUACAGCACAUAUUCUGCAGAAGUUUGUGCUGUGGAGAAUCUAAGUAGACCCAUCCUGUGUGAACAUACUCCAUCAGAGCUGGGGACUAUUCUGCAUGCUUCUGAAAAAAGCACUCUACUGUUUAAAGGGAAUCUGUCUCCAAAGAUCCCCCUACCCAACGGAUUGCAUAGACACAUAGCUGUGGUUCACCUGAUAAAAGCUCUGUUUUCUCUUUUCAUGAUCUGAGGCUCCAUUCUUGAGUUAUCUUUUUUUAUUAAUAUGCAAAUUAGGCCUUUGGUGCAAUGAAGGUGUCACUGUUGCACCCCAGCUCCUCUCAUUUGUGACCAGCACCUCCCUGACUGCUUGAAUGGACAGUGCAGUGACAAAGCAGUGCGGGGUGGCGAUGCCUUUGGUGCACCAAAGGCCUAAUUAGCCUGUUCAGAAAAAGGAUAACUCUGGAACGGAGCCUUGGAUUGACAAAAGGAAAACAGCCUUUUAAUCAGGUGACCCACAGCUAUAUGUCUAUGCAAACCGUUUGAUAGGGAGGUCGCUGGACAGAUUCCCUUUUUUAUGUGUAUUUUUUAUUUUAUUUUUUAUACAACAAUUUUCCAAGGGAAUUAUUUUAGUUGUGAUUCUUCUGUGUUGUCACUUUUAUCAAUAAUUAUUAAAAUACUAUAUUAAAUAAAAAAUUUAUUCUUG